GUAACAGCCGAGGACUUUGAUGCCCGCAUCCGCCUGGGUCGUCCAUUCAUCAUCGCUGACGCAGGUCGUGGAAUCGACUUGGUAGGUGCAAGCUGCCAGCACUUCCAUGAGCGUUUUCCAACCGCACAGAUGCGGGCGGAGUAUACUGGCGACGACAGGCAGCGCCUGCGCAGCAUGCGACAGCUCCUUACGUGUGGCACGUCAAGGUUGAACUCUAUGUUUUGUGACUUGAUGCAUCGCUCUCAUGACUCCUUCUCACUACCUCCCAUAAUCGUUGUGCUUGGCUACGGAUCCAUCCACAGCUCUCAAAACUUUCUUCGCACGCAAUACUUUCGCCUUGGCGACCCGUGGAUCAUGGCCCCAAUGAGCCAGCCGAUGGAUCAGCAGAUCACCGCAGAGGGCCCGACGAUCGCAAUCUUCAAUGUGGCAAUGAUCGGCCACGUGAACCCUACCUUCGCCCUAGUGCAGGAGCUCUGCAAGCGCGGCUGCAAGGUAAGCUACUUCUUGCCGCCUGUUGCUCCGAUCCGUGCUGCUGCCAUCGAGUCCGGGGCAGUCGUGGAAGGCUACCUCCCUGAGGAUCCAUCAGACUUCGUGAUGGAGAAGUGUGGCAUUGACGAGCCGUUGUGUCACGCUGUGCCCGAGAUUGUUGAGGACGACCGUGCAGAAUACGAGAGAGCUGUUUGGCCUCUGGCCCAGGCCCUCCUGUGUGGGGAGUAUGUCAUCGAGCGGUGCCGACAGCUGGGAGUCAGUGUGGUUCUCUACGACCCCUUCCUGCCCAUUGGGCUCUUGGCAGGCACGAAGCUAGGCAUCCAGUGCGCCUCCUUGGUCACCUACCCCGGUAUGGGGAGUCUUUCCGGCUUGAUGUCGACAUUGGAGGCUGAGGGGCGGCUGGAGCGCGCUGGUGCCAUCCGCAAGCCUUACGGAAAGGCUAUCCAAGAUAAAUUCGGCGUGGACUUGCGCUGCAACCUCCUGACACGCCGGCAGUUCUAUGCAAAGACGAAUUUUGUCACCACUUGCGAGGACUUGAUCGCAGAGCUGCCAGCAUCGGGAGAGCAGAAGUGGGCGGAUGAGCUGCGCACGGAGUUCAGCUUUUCGGCAGUCGGCUGCCUCGUCAGCAGCUCUGCGCCGCAUGUGAUCACAGCACGGUCGGACAGCUUCAUCCC